UUCUCCUCCAUUUCGGUAUGACUCUUUUUCUUUACUUUCUCUCUCUGAAUCUCUGAACUCUGAACCCUCCCCGAAAAUGGCAGCUAAAACCCUACUCCGUUCCGGAGCUUCUGUCGUAACUCGCCUCCUCAACUCAGGUUUAACUCAGAAAUCAACGAGUUUAAAUCAUCAAACCCUAAUCUCUUCCCCUGUAAACCUGUCACCGAAGCUUUUGAUUUCUCCUCCAUUGCCAAAUCCUCUCUCCUCUCUGUAUUUUCUCCAAAACGACGCCGUUUAUUCGAACAAUGAUGAAAAAGCGAUGAUGGAACAAGAAAAGAGAUUGGAGAUUGCGAAGAUUUUUAACCCGUGUGGUCAGCCUUCCCUCGAAUUCUUCUUGCCUGAUGCCGAUGAUUCUUCAAGCGAUCCAAUGAUCUUGUUUCCCAAGAGAACCUUCCAGCCAAGUACCCUCCGUCGGAAGAGAAAUCAUGGAUUCUUUGCUCGCAAGGCUACAAAAGGUGGACGGAAAGUGAUUGCUCGGAGAAUAGCAAAGGGGCGACACAGAGUCACAGCUUAGAUCUUAUUGUGGCGAUCCAUUGUAUUUGCUCUCAAUCCUUGUAAGAAAAUUCCUUAAUCUGAUGUGCAGAUUAGGCCUCUUUUUGUUUUGAUAGGAUGCUGGUAGCAUUAUCACGAUGUUUGUUCCUGUUGAAGUUCAAUAACGCUUUGAUCGUUUACAUAAACCCUUGAUUAAAUUUCAAUUUAAGAUAGAGAAUUCAAUUGGAGGAAAUAA